AUGCCUGGAGCAGAGAGCACCCCGCAGACCUUGUACGACAAGGUUCUGCAAGCCCACAUUGUCGAUGAGAAGCUCGACGGCACAAUCCUCUUGUACAUCGACCGCCACCUUGUACAUGAGGUUACAUCACCUCAAGCAUUCGAGGGCCUCAGAAAUGCAGGCCGUAAAGUGCGGAGACCUGACUGCACCUUAGCCACCACAGACCAUAACGUCCCAACGACUUCACGUAAAGCUCUCAAGGACAUCGCAAGCUUCAUCAAGGAGGACGACUCAAGGACCCAAUGUGUGACUCUGGAGGAAAAUGUCAAGGAGUUCGGCGUCACAUAUUUUGGCCUCAGCGACAAGCGCCAGGGUAUUGUGCACGUCAUUGGCCCCGAGCAAGGCUUCACACUCCCUGGGACAACCGUUGUGUGUGGAGACAGUCACACGUCCACUCAUGGCGCCUUUGGAGCCCUGGCCUUUGGUAUUGGUACUAGCGAGGUUGAGCACGUGCUGGCUACUCAGUGCUUGAUCACCAAGAGGAGCAAGAACAUGAGGAUACAAGUCGACGGCGAGCUGGCUCCGGGCGUCAGCUCCAAGGAUGUCGUGCUUCAUGCAAUUGGUAUCAUUGGCACCGCUGGCGGCACCGGGGCUGUGAUCGAGUUCUGUGGGUCUGUUAUCCGCAGCCUCAGCAUGGAGGCCCGCAUGUCAAUCUGCAACAUGUCCAUUGAGGGAGGUGCCAGGGCUGGCAUGGUAGCCCCUGACGAAAUCACCUUUGAGUAUCUCAAGGGCCGCCCGCUCGCUCCAAAGUACGACUCGCCCGAGUGGCACAAGGCUGUCCAAUACUGGAAGAACCUUCAGUCCGACCCAGGUGCCAAAUACGAUAUUGACGUCUUUAUUGACGCAAAAGACAUCGUGCCAACCCUGACGUGGGGCACAAGUCCCGAGGAUGUCGUUCCCAUUACUGGGGUUGUUCCUGAUCCCGAGACGUUUGCUACCGAGGCGAAGAAGGCGGACGGGCGACGCAUGCUGCAGUACAUGGGACUGAAGGCCGGCACCCCCAUGGAGGAUAUACCAGUCGACAAAGUCUUCAUCGGCUCCUGCACCAACUCCAGGAUCGAGGAUCUCCGUGCUGCUGCUGCGGUCGUAAAGGGCCGGAAAAAGGCACCCAAUGUCAAAAGCGCCAUGGUGGUGCCGGGGUCGGGCUUGGUCAAGACCCAAGCAGAGGAGGAGGGUCUCGACAAAAUCUUUGAGGAGGCUGGCUUUGAGUGGCGCGAGGCUGGCUGCAGCAUGUGCCUUGGCAUGAACCCGGAUAUUCUUUCCCCACAGGAGCGUUGUGCCAGUACCAGUAACCGCAACUUCGAGGGCCGACAGGGCGCAGGCGGCCGCACUCACCUCAUGUCCCCGGUCAUGGCUGCGGCGGCUGGCAUCGUCGGUAAGCUUGCCGAUGUGAGGAAGUUGACCGAUUACAAGGCCAGCCCUCACAUUGAAGCUUUCCAGAAAUCGACGGUGACAAAGGCCCAUGUGGACGAGCGGAUCAACGAAGACGCGCAUGAGAAGGAUAUGAUUGCCGAUAUUCCCGAGGACAACAACGGCCCUCACACCAACACCUCUGCCUCUGCUGGCUCUUCAGCUGGGCUUCCCAAAUUUACCGUUCUCAAGGGCAUAGCGGCUCCGCUGGAGAAGGCCAACGUUGAUACGGACGCAAUCAUUCCGAAGCAAUUCCUCAAAACAAUCAAGAGGACAGGUCUGGGGAAUGCUCUGUUCUAUGAGAUGAGGUUCAAUGAGGACGGCACCGAGAAGAGCGACUUUGUUCUCAACAAGGAGCCGUACCGGAAAGCCAGUAUUCUGGUUUGCACCGGUGCCAACUUUGGAUGCGGAAGCUCUCGUGAGCAUGCGCCAUGGGCCCUCAACGACUUUGGUAUCAGGAGCGUCAUUGCACCAUCGUUCGCAGAUAUCUUUUUCAACAACUCGUUCAAGAAUGGCAUGUUGCCGAUCCCCAUCAAGGACCAGGCACAGAUCGAAGCCAUCGCCGCAGAAGCCAGGGCAGGCAAGGAAAUCGAAGUUGACCUCCCCAACCAGCUGAUCAAGAACGCCGCGGGGGAGACCAUCUGCAGUUUUGAAGUCGAGGAGUUCAGGAAGCACUGCUUGGUCAAUGGCCUCGAUGAUAUCGGCUUGACCAUGCAGAUGGAAGACAAGAUCGCCGAGUUCGAGGCCAAGAUGACCAGGGAAACUCCCUGGCUCGACGGAACCGGCUAUCUUAAGCGUAAGGGUCAAGGUGGCAAGCUCGCAGCCAAGGCUGUGCCCGUGCCUACUACCAACAGGGGCGAGGAGAAGAAGGAGCCCCUUGAGUGGUGA